GCAUAAAAGGCAGCACGCCAGUAGGGAGAACAACAGAAAUCAAAUAACCGUGACCAUGAACGGAAAGAUCAUCUUCUACGAGGACAGGAACUUCCAGGGCUGCUCCUAUGAGUGCAGCAGCGACUGCUCCGAGCUCUCCUCCCACCUGAACAGGUGCAACUCCUGCAGGGUGGAGAGUGGCAUGUUCAUGGUGUAUGACCGGCCCAACUACAUGGGCCACCAGUACUUCCUGAGGAGGGGAGAGUACCCUGAGUACCAGCACAUGUUAGGCUUCAACGACUGCAUCAGGUCUUGUCGUAUGAUCCCCCAGCACAUGGGCCAGUUCAGGAUGAGGAUCUACGAGAAGGAGAACUUCGGAGGCCAAAUGCACGAGGUGAUGGACGACUGUGACUCUAUCCAGGAGCGUUACCAUAUGCCCGAGAUGCAGUCCUGCAACGUGAUGGACGGCCACUGGGUCAUGUACGAGCAGCCCCAAUUCAGAGGCAUGCAGACCUACCUGAGGCCUGGAGAGUACAGGAACACAAGAGAGAUGGGAAUGGGAAAUGAUGAAAUGAGGUUCCAGUCCAUGAGGCGCAUCAGCAGCGAUGCUGCCUUUUAA